AUGUCUACACCCUUUUCUCUCACCCAAACCAUUCUCAUCUCCGACCCUCUCGGCUACAAAUCGGCCACUCAAUCCCCAUUCCUCGCCAACGCUUCCCAAGGCCGCGUCUCCAAAACUCUUCUAGGUCAAUGGCUUGCCAAUGACCGGUUGUAUAUUCACGCCUACAUCCGUGGCGUGGGCCGUCUACUGAGCUUUCUGCAGCUCCCCGAGGUGGUGACGCCUCCUCGUGAUGACACAAAUGAGCGAGAGCACCUACCAAACGCAAAGCUGCUUCACUGGAUGAUUGAUGCGCUUGUGAACAUCCGUCGAGAGGAGGAUUUCUUCGUCCAAACUGCGGCCAAAUACGGCAUCGACGUGAAUCUACCUGCUGAUGCCGACGGCCGUGUUGCUGACGACACCAAACUCGAAGGUUUACGCCGCUUCGAAGCUCUCUUCGACGGCAUCUCCCCCAGCAGCGACAACGACGUCAUCCUCCCCUGGCUCGAAGCCGCCAUCGUCUUCUGGGCAACGGAGAAAUGCUACCUCGACGCCUGGUCCGGCGCUGCAUCCCGGCUCUCCACUCCCUCGGAUGGCAAAGACGAAGACGAUGCCGACGGCGGGGCCCUCAGACGGGAGUUCAUCCCGAACUGGAGCUCCAAGGAGUUUGCGCAGUUUGUCGACCAGCUGGGCGAGAUUAUCGAUGCCGCGGUUCAGCAAGAGAUGGAGCUGCGGCGGGACGCGGACGAGCUUGUUAGGGUGCAGUUGUUGGAUAGGGCGUUGGCGAAGUGGCACGAGGUGGUGGCGGCGGAGAAUGCAUUUUGGCCUGCGAUGGAGGCGUGA